AGUAGGCGAGGAAUCCCCGGUCACUGUGAUACUUAGAACUUUCAAAUUCCAAUUUGCCGCCAAGGUGUGUGCAGCUGAGGUUUAAGCUGCUGAGGGAAGUGGGCGGCCUUGCCCUUGCGUCAGCAGACCCUCUUUAAGGUCUACGUUCUGACUUGAGCCGGCACAGUGGCCGGGUACACUGGCUGCGGAGAGACUGGCCUGUGACAGGUGAUCCUGGGGAGCGUGAGUGGGGCGCGCCAUGUUCGCCCUCCGCUGGGGAUGGGGGCUGGGCUGCCUCCGGCUCUGUCAGCUGCGAGCAUGGGCCCCUGAGGCCUCAGUGCCCUGGGCGUGUGGGGCUUGUCAAGCCCGGAUGUACGGCUCAGGUGGGUCCAAGCCCGAGGUCUCUCCGUCUGGCCCCGCGCGCCCGAGUCUGAAAGAGUGGGAGCUGCUGGUGAGCCCCUUCGGUCGGCUGCGGGCACGGCUUCCAUGCCACCUGGCCGUGAAGCCCCUGGACCCCAUCGCCCACCCGGACAGCAACCGCGUGCUGGUGGCGGUGAGUGGAGUGGAGGGCGCGGCGCAGGCCGUGGCCGGCCUGCAGGUGACAUACGACGAGGCGCAGAAGGAGGUGAUCAUCGUGUCCGACGUCAUCGAUCCCCAGGCGUCCGUGGAAGUGAGCGCGCCCCUGAUGUUUGAUUUGAAUAUCAAGUCAUCAGGUUCUGGCUGUGUAAAAGUCCAAAAUAUUGAAUGUGAUAAUUGCAGAAUCGAAACUGAGCAGGGGACCAGCAUUUUACAGUCUGUUAAGAGUCAAAAAUUGCAUAUUGAAUCAAAAGGAGGCAAAGUUAUCUGCCUGGGAACAAUUUAUGGAAAUAUAGAUAUUCAUGCAUCAGAUAAAAGUACUGUGACAGUAAAUAAACUACAGGGAAAUUCUGUUAAUAUAUCUACUGAGGAUGGUUUGCUGAAAGCCAAGUAUCUUUACACAGAAUCGUCCUUUCUGUCUUCUGCUGCUGGGGAUAUUUCAUUAGGAAGUGUUCAUGGGAAUAUAACGUUACAAAGCAAGCUGGGUAAUAUCACAGUAGAUCAAUCUCUGUCCAUUCAGAGAAAAUCACCUGAGCUCAGUGUUAAGAAAUAUCUUAUAAUUGACUACAGUUAUAGAGAUUCGUCUUCUGGAUGUCUAAAUGCCUCAACUCAUCAGGGUGCCAUUGAUGUUUAUGUCAGCCACCUGGGGAAAGUGGAUUUGAAAUCCCAUAAAGGCUCUAUUCUUGUCAAGGUUGCAUCUUCUCUUCAAGCUUAUUUACAGUUAUCAGGGAAAAAGAUUGAUGUGAACUCAGAAGUCCAUGUUGAAGAAAUGAAUGAAGCUCAUAAAGAUGAUGGUGUAGUAAUUACUGGACUCUUGAAUCAAGCAAGCAAAAAUGAAAAAUGGAUUAAGGCUGAUGCCCCACAAGGCACUAUAAGUUUCAGAAGUCAGAGCUGGUUUCAGUCCCUAAAACUGCUGGACUGAGAAUGGUUUGAGUUAUGUUUAUAAUUUUUAACAAUGAUUAGUAGAUCUAUGGCUACAAACAUGUAAAUAUCACUGUUCAUGUAAAUGUUAAAAAUAACAAAUUGGAAUGUCUUGGGGGAGCUUUGUCAAAAUUUGUACUUAAUUAUUAUUUUUUUUUCUGUAACAAAUUACUAUAAACAUGUUGACUUAAAUCAAUACCCGUUUGCUCCAGAAUCUCCUGGAUUCUGACUCCACACAGCAGGAAUCCAGUACCAGCCCCAAGGCCCCCUGGGAUUCUGCAGUCAUCCACCACAUGACUUGGUUCCACCAACCAGGGGCCAGUCAAGCCUGUGAGACCACCCACAUAAUCACCCUGCCAAAACAAGAAGACUCAUGUAGACCUCAGAGGGGGAACCCCUAGAGUACAUAAUGUAGUGACAAGAGUUGAAUGCACUUCUGGAACAAAAAGCUCACUUCUUUAAGGUUGGGAAACAUAACCAACCUUCCAGAUACCUAAAAAUAAGAACAGCUGCUUAGGCAAAAAAAGACAUCAGAAGAGCAUGUUCCAAACAAAGGAACAAGGUGAAAACCUGGAAGAACUAAAUGAAAUGGAGAUAGGCAAUCUAACUAAUAAAGAGUUCAAGGUAGCGAUUGUAAAGAUGAUCAAAGAACUUAAGAGAAGAAUGAGUGCACAGUGUGAAAAGCUAGUUUUUAACAAAGAGUUAGAAAAUAUAAAGAGCAACCAAACAGAGGUGAAGAAUAUAAUAACUGAAGUAAAUAGAAGGAAUAAACAAAGGACUAAAUAAAACAGAGGAAUGGAUCAAUGAGCUAGGAGACAGAGUAGUAGAAAUCACUGUUCUCAAAGGUAAAAAGGAAUGAAGAGAAAUGAAGAAAGUUUAAGAGACCUCUGGAGCAACAUCAAGUUCACUAACAUUUGCAUUAUAGGGCUUGCAGAAGGAGAAGAGAGAGAUAAAGGGACUAAGAACAUAAUUGAAAACAAAAAUAGCUGAAAACUUCCUUAAUCUAGGAAGGGAAACAGACAUCCAAGUCCAGGCAGUGCAGUCCUAUACAGAAUUAACCUAAAGAGGAAGACGCCAAGACUCAUUGUAUUUAAAAGGACAAAAA